AUGCCUACUAUUCUCAUUACCGGUGCCAAUCAAGGCAUUGGCCGCGCACUUACUGAGGCUUAUUUAUCGCGCCCCAACCACACUGUCAUUGGGGCUGUCCGCAAUCCAGAGAGCACCACGCUCAAGGAUGUCAAGCCAGGGGAGGGCAGCAAGCUGCUAGUCGUCAAGAUCGAGGCCACGUCCGAGACAGACCCUGCUGAAGCGGUUGACCACAUCAGGGCAGCCGGUAUCACUGCGCUGGAUAUCGUUAUAGCGGUGACCGGAAUCAACCCGGCCAGUGCUUUUGCUUCCGUCAAUGACAUCAAUAUCGAGGCCUUGCACGAAAUCUUCAAUGUCAAUACAUUCUCCUUUGUGAGCCUCUUCAAGGCCGUGCAGCCGCUUCUCCUGACGUCGAGCAACUCCCCGAAACUAUUAGCUCUCAGCUCGAGCGGCGGUCAGAUAGCCGAAAUGGAACCCACGAUCCCCGUCAAGGUUGGCAUCUACGGUGCCAGCAAGGCGGCUCUCAACUACCUCGUCCGACGAGUGCAUUUCGAGAACCCGUGGCUGACUGCAUGGGUCAUGAACCCCGGUUUUGUGCAGUCGGCAUCCGGGAACGCCAAUGCCAAGCUUUGGGGUAUGGAACAGGCACCGCAUUCCAUGGAAUUGAUUAUCCCAGCUCUGAUGGCAAAGAUCGAUGCGGCCACGCGAGCUGAAACAUCAGGAAACUUUUACAAUUUUGAUGGCACGCCACUUACCUAUUGA